AUGGAAUCAACUUAUUUAUAAUUUAUACAAAAGCUUAAACUUUUUGUCUUAAAAUGAAUGAAGAUAAUAGUAAUACUUCUGAUAAAAUUACAAUAAAAGUGAGACACUCGGAUGAGGAUUAUCAUGAGAUUACUAUUGAUUGGUCAAAUGAAAGUUUCGAUUACAGGAAACAAUUGUUUCAUCAGUUAUCAGCAUACACAGGCAUUCCAGUUGAGCAUCAAAUGUAUAUUGAAGUGAAUAAUGAGUUUAACCGCAGUGGUGGUCUGCAAAAUACCGAAUGGAAGGAUACAAGUUACAUUGCAGUAUAUGGUUGGCAAUACGAUACUAAAGAACAUGCAAUGAAUACAUUUCAUGAUGGCGAUUGUUUUCUACUCAAAACCAGAAUUUUGGUAGAGGAUGGUGAUAAUGGAAUUAGCUGUGAUUAUGUCUUGUCGCAUGCGAGUUUGGUUAAUGCAGCUGAAUGUAACAGGCAUUAUUGUCAUUACUUGGGUAGUCGAUAUUUUACGAAGAAAUUUGCAGAGUUGAUGAAAUCAAAUGAAUUGCAAACAAUCCUAAGUCAAGGAGGAGGCCCAAGUCUGGAGGAAUUGCAUAGAAUGCAACUCAAUUUGAAUAUUGCAAAUCUAAUGAAUUUAAAAUGCACUGCAGUGAUCUCAGCAUACCCUGUUUUGCGACGGUUUAAUUUUGACCGACUAUAUUUACGUUAUCGUGGCUAACUUAAAUCUCUGUGAAUUGUCGACAAAUGUUUUAUUUAAUCAAACAUUUACUAAAAUUUUAUUAGAUUAGAGCAGAUGCUCCCUUAUUUAUAUUGAUUUUGAAAAAUCGGUGAGAGUAAGGUUUUACGGACUAAGGCGGAACUUAAGAAUCACACACUUUCGCUAACCAAUGGUAAA